AUGAAUGAAAAAAGAAGAAGACCAUCUGAAAUAACGAAAAUUGAAAAACACACUGAAAUAUUUGCUUCAAUGUGUCCAGAUGAAAUUUUAGAUUUUUAUAAUGAUUAUAACACACGUGAUUAUUAUACAACAUUGAUGCUGGGCGAUGUCUCAGGCUUUACAGAAUUAGCUGAAAAAUAUACAAAUUCUGGUGAAGGUGGUCCAUCAAAAUUAACUGAAACACUUAACAAUUAUAUUGGUCCAAUGAUUCAAGAAAUUUUAUCACAUCAUGGUGAUGUAUUAAAAUUUUCUGGUGAUGCAUUUAUUGUCAUGUGGAAACUACGAGAUGGUAUUGUGAUGCGUGAUUUAGCAACAGAUGCAAUGCAAACAGCUUGUGUUAUACAAAAACAUUUUGGAACAUAUGAAACUGAUGUUGGCGUAACACUACGAGUUAAACUUGCAAUAGCAUCUGGUAAAAUUUAUUUUACAUCAAUUGGUAAUCCUCAAACAAUAUCUCAUUAUAUUAUAACUGGUAAACCAGUAUGGGAUAUAAAAGCUGCUGAAGCAUUAUGCAAAGGUGGUGAUACUCUUGUUCUACCAAGUUGUUGGAAAUGGGCUGAUUUAAAUGAUUAUGUUUAUAAAAUUCUUCCUGAUGGUAUUCAUACGCUAAUUAUUGAUUCAAUAAUUUCAUGGGAUAAUCCAAAAGAACAAUACAGUGAUAUUGAUGCUGAUAGUUUACAAGAUACAACACCACCAAAAAUUUUAUCAUCAAUACUUGAAUCUAAACGUCAACAAGAUGGUAAUAAUUAUACUUAUGAAAUUGAUCAAUAUCAAUUUACUGUUGAUUACAGUCUUAGACCAAAAGUAAUACAAGUUGCAAAAAAACAUUUAAAAGAAGAUUUAAAAAGUUACAUGUUACGACCAGUUAUGAGAUCAGUUGAAUUAGAUGAACCUUUGGAACAUUUAACUGAAAUUCGUCAAGUUGUUAUUGUUUUUAUAAAUAUUGUAACAAAUAGUAUUGGAAAAAAAAGAAUGAUUGAUUUAAUUGAUUCUGCAUAUAAAUUAAUAUGUAGUAUUGUCAGUGGAAUGCAAGGAUGUGUUAAUAAAACAUCAUUAUUUGAUAAAGAUUUAAUGUUUCUUUGUAUAUUUGGUUUAAGAGGUGAUAAACAUGAUUUUGAAGCACAAAUUGGUCUUCGUUGUGCUGCAAAAUUACAAAGAGAAUUAAAUAAAUUAAAUAAUAUUAAAUCAAUAUCAAUUGGUGUUACAACUGGUAUGACAUAUUGUGGUGUUGUUGGACAUAUAUUAAGACGUGAAUAUACUGUUAUUGGAAUGGCUGUUAAUAAAGCAGCAAGACUUAUGAUUGCAUAUAAAAAUAAAGUUAUAUGUGAUAAAGAUACAUUUUUACAUUCAAGAUUUGAAGCAACACAUUUUACAUUACAAGAACAAAAAUAUUUAAAAGGAAUAACAAAUGUUGGACCUAUUUAUGAAUUUAUUGAAUAUACCAAAGGUGAACCAAGAAUUGGCAAGACAAGAUUAUUGGAUGAAAUAUCUUUACAAAUUCCAAAAGAGCUAGCUUGUAAUUACAUAAAUUUAGUCAGCAACUACACUGAUGUACCAUUUGCAUUGAUAUAUUUAAUAUUCAGUGCACCACUAGAUUUUACAACUAUUUCAACAUCAAAAAAUCGUGAAGAAAAACUCAAUUAUUAUCUUAAAGAUUCUUACAAUGAAAAAUUUUUUUGUGCUUUAAAUCCAGUAUUUAAUGUUAACUUUAAUAAUGAUCCUGAAUAUACACAAUUAUCAAAAAAUAUAAAAUACAAAAUUAAAAAACAAUUGAUUGUUUUACUUAUGCGUAAAUGCUUCAAGGAUCUUUGGAUAAUAAUUGUUGAUAACAUUGAUAAUUCCGAUAAAGAAUCAUUAAUAUUAAUUGAUGCAAUUGUUCAACAAGAUCAUGUAUAUUUUGUUUUAAGUUGUGGUAAAAAAUGUAUAUUUGAUAAUCAUAAUCAUUCAAAUAUUAUUAAAAAAUCAAAACUCAUUGAAUUAGUUGGUUUGGAUAAAUGGUUUCAUGCUGGUUUAAUAUGUCAAAUAUUAAAUGUCACAGCAAUACCAGCUGAAUUAGAAAAAGUUAUACAAGAAAAAAGUAUGGGUAAUCCAGGCUGGAUUGAAAGCUAUUUAAUAAGUUUAAUACAAAUUGGAGGAAUUGUAUUGAAACAAGUUAUGAAAAAUAAAUUAAAAGAAAUGGGACUUGUUGUACCAACAAUUAUAACAGACACUCAAGAAUUAAAAAAUUUAAUAUCUAAUGAUGAUUGUGAUGGUACAGAUGAACGUUCAGAUGGAUGGAAAAUGUAUAAAACUAGUUAUGGGGAAAGUACACCAACUUUAAAACAUAGUAAAAAAUCAUUGCCUUCAAUUGAUAGUAAUAUUUCGAAUGAUAAAAUAACAGUAUGCACAAUACCUCGUGGUUCAUCUCUAGAAGAAAUAAAUCCAGAAAUAGCAAUGGAUGUUAUUAUUAUUAAACUAUUUGAUUCACUAAGUCCAUUGGAUCAAUUUCUUUUAAAAUGUGCAGCUGUAUUGGGUGAAAUUGUUAAUCGAAAAAUGCUUGAAAAAUUAAUGGAAGGAACACCAACUCGUGAUAUUGCUCUAAGUGUUAGGAAUUUAUUUGAAAUGAGAAUAAUUGGCUGUGCUGCUGGUGAUUUUUCACAAAAUAAAGAUACAUUAACAAUUUAUCGUGGUGCUAAAACACUUAAUGGAGAAAUUAAAAUACGUUGUGCUUGUAUGGGAUUAGAAAUAUUAGAAAUUGUAUCUGAUUUACCAAAAUAUGCAUCUUGUGGAUUAUUGAUAUUUAAAGUUGAAACAUUUCGUGAAACAACUUAUAGAUUACUAACAGAGUAUCAAAAAAUAGAACUUCAUAGAACAGCUUUAAAAUAUUUAAAACGUAACACAAAAAGAUGUGAAUCAUGUGGUGGUGGAUCAUUUACAAUAUUACUUGGUAAAUUUAGCAAUGAAACACCAAGAACAACAAGAAUUUUCAAUGAAAAUGAUGAUACUAUUUUGUCUAAUCAAAUACCAAAUACAUUUUCAAAUAUUGAUUUUAAUAAUUGUCAUUGUAAUUUAAUUUUAAUAACUGCAUAUACACAAAUAUUGGAUCAUUGUUGGGGUAUUGAUCGUAAAGACAAAGCUCUAACAGCAAUAUUAGAAUUUGUAGAAAUUCUAUUAACAACAUCAAACAUACCAUUAGCAACAAAACUACUAAUUGAUGCUGAAAAAAUAUUAAAUCAAUUGUAUAAAACAGAUAUUGAAGAAUUAGUAACAUAUUUAUAUUUAAAAGGAAAAAUAAAAACACUUGAGGGUAAAUGUCAUCUUCAUUGUGGUCUUAUUGAUGAAUCAUUAGCACAAUUAACUGAAGCAAUACAAAUAUUAGGAUAUAAAUUUCCAAAAUACAAGACUGAUGAUGAUGAUGAUGCUGCCAAUUACAAUGAUCAAUUAGCAAAAAUAUUAAUUUUGAUGUUUGAUAUAUUUCAAAUUAAAAGAAUGACAAACCAUGCAAGAUUUGCAGCAGUUUGGGCAUUAAAUGCAGCUUUAAAAUCUUGUAAAGAUUUUUCAACACUUUGUUAUGCAUAUGGUAAUAUGAUAACAAGUGCACACAACAAUCAAUAUCAUGAUAUCAUAAGACAUCUUGAAAAAGAUGGUUUAAAAUUAUGUAAUAAAAAAAAAAAUGAUAUAAUUGAAUUACAUGAAACAAAAGCAAUUGUACAUUUAUAUAAAAAUAUAUUUUUUUCACGUUUUUUACGUGGUAAUAUUGAGGAUGCAUAUUCAAUUGGUUUAAUAUCACGUAAAUUAUCAUCUAAUGUUAAAUCAAUAACACAAGAAAUUAUUAUAUUAGCACGAAUAAUACAAUUAUUAAUUAUUAAAUGUCAAUAUUCAAAAGUCAUUGAAUUACUUAAAGAAUUACGCUCACUUGCUGAUGUUGAUAUUGAUAAAUCUGGACGUACUUGGUAUUAUGCAUUUUGUAUUGAUUUACAACUUGAAGCAGGUAUAACAAUAUUAUCAUUUGAAAAAUGUGAACAGUAUUAUCUUGAAGAAGGUAAUACGAUGAUUGAUCUAUUAGAUCCAGAAGCAGAAAAACGUUAUUUUACAUCAAUGUGGCUUUGGUGUAUCAGAAUGAAUAAAUGGGAUGCAGCAACAAUUUGGAAAAAUCGCAAAACAAGUAUAACUUAUCCAGUUAAUGAUUUAACAGUUGCUGCUUCAAUAACUGUUUUAAAAAAUCUUGAAGGACAUAUUAUAUACUAUGUGUGUCGUGUUUAUAAUCAAUUUAAAAAAAAACCAAUGAAAAGUAUACUUGAUGUUAUUCAACAAGAUUUUAAAUUAAUUAAUAAAAGAAAACAUAUUUUAAAAAUUACACUUGCUAGGUUUGUUAAUAUUUAUUCUUUGAUCAAUUAA